AUGGUCAUCAUUGGCAGACACCAGGAAUCUGUCGACAUAAUGGAGAAAGAAGGUGGUCUACUAGCCGACCGUCCUCGUGCAGUUGCGGCAGGAGAGAUCUUGUCGCGCGGGCUGCGUUUGAUCCUUGCACCCGCAGGAGAGCAGUUCCGCAGACUUCGCAGAGCGGCUCAUACUCACCUUCAAGCGAAAGCUGCAGAAUCCUAUGCGCCCAUCCAGAUGGAUGCUGCCCGUAAUGUCAUCCUCGAUAUCCUUAAUAACCCUAAAGGACACCAAGCAGCUGCGAAUCGCUACGCCGCCUCCGUCAUCUUGCGUGUCACGUAUGGCAAGUCGACCCCCACAGCCACAGACGCCCCCGAGAUCAUCGUCAUCCAGAAAAUGCUCAAGCGCUUCCAAAUGCUGAUGCGACCUGGUGCAUUACUGGUAGAGCGCUACCCGAUAUUAAAAUACGUUCCGGGAUAUGGAACCGAGUUAGAGCAGUGGAGAAGGGAAGAGAGUCAGCUCUUCCAUGACCAGCUUGAUCGUGUUUCGAGAGAAUUGGCGACUGGCAAAGCUGGCCCCUCGUUUGCUCGUUAUCUUCUUGAGAACCAGUCUUCGCACAAGCUCUCGGACGAAGAAAUGGCUUAUCUUGCUGGGUCGCUCUUUGGCGCCGGUUCAGACACGACUGCUGUUGCGAUUAUGGUUCUCGUCAUGGCUUCUGCAUGCUAUCCUAAGGCUCAGGAGAAAGUGCAAGAAGAACUGGACGUCGUCAUUGGUCGUGACAGAGCUCCCACAUUCGACGACUACAACUCCCUCCCGCAGAUUGAAGCAUUCAUGCUGGAAUGUCUUCGCUGGAGACCCGUGACGACUCUCGGGUUCGCACACCGUGCACUGACUGAUAUCCCAUACAAGAAUAUGUGUAUCCCAGAAGGUGCUAUCGUCUUUGGCAACCACUGGGCAAUCUCCCGUGAUCCAAGCGUCUACCCCAACCCUGACCAGUUCGAUCCUCAGAGGUGGCUCAACGCCGACGGCAAAAUUCGGGAUGACCUCAAGUUCCCUUCAUUCGGUUUUGGACGCAGAAUCUGCCCAGGACAACAUAUAGCAAACCGCUCGAUCUUCAUCAAUGCUGCGCUCCUCUUGUGGUCUUUCAACAUCACGCAGGACCCUGAGAACCCGAUUGAUGAGUCGGGUUUUGUGGAUGGUGUUAUUGCGCAUCCUAAGCCAUUUGCUGCGUGUUUUGAGCCGAGGUUUGGGGAUGAGGCGUCAUUGAGGGGGGUGAUGGGGAGGUAUGGUGAGGGAUUGUAG